CAAGAGUGAGUUGGGAGCGCGAGACAGACCGCUAUCGGGAGUCUUUUCUCCGACGAUCUGAGAGGCAGACAGACAGAUGCCCAGCGUGGACGAGAAAGGGGCAACUGAGAUUCGUCAGAUUUCGAUUUGACAUCGUUCGAUUCCUCUCGUUUCUCGUUUCUCUUCUUCUGCUCUGCUCCGCUCGGCCCUUUCGUUUCUCUUCACAAAGCAUGGAGCUGCAAUGUGUUCGUAGAAAACAUGCAGCAGCAGUGGCAGUGGUGCACGAACUUCUCGUCUGCGUUUGUCUGCCAGCUGCGCUUUUGUGCAAGUGAGGGCGUGCGUGCGUGCGCUCGACGGAGCAGAUCCAUGCAAAUCCUGAAUGCUCCUUUUGGUUCGGAUCCUCGUUCGGAGUGUUCAUUCUCGACCUUGUUCUUUUGUAAUGCGGUAGAGGAGGGACGAAUUCGUAUAAUUUGCUCAACGACGGAUUUACCAGUUCGGCUUUGUAGUAUAUGAUCUGCUCAAAUUACGUUGGAAUUGGUGAGAGAUUGCCAAUCAAAAUCAACACUUUGUGGUAGCAAUGACGAAUGUUGGAGACGAGGAACUUGAUGACGAGGAAGAUCCUGAAGAGGAGGAAGAAGAAGACGCUUCGAACGAAGAAGAGGAAAUCUGCUUGAAGUAUCAGCGGAUGGGCGGGAGUGUGCCAAGGCUACUCUCUGCUGAUGCUGCGUCUUGCCUCACUGUAGUUGAACGCAUUAUUGCACUGGGUACUCACGAUGGAAAUGUGUAUCUACUCGAUUAUCUAGGAAAUGAGGUGAAACGGUUUGCAGCACAUGCAGCCACCGUGAAUGAAUCGAGUUUCGAUGCAGACGUAGAGUUCAUUGGAAGCUGCUCAGAUGAUGGGUCUGUGGUAAUCAACAGCUUGUACACCGAUGAGAAGGAGAAAUUUGAAUAUCACAGGCCAAUGAAAGCAGUUGCUUUGGAUCCAGAUUACUCGAGAAAGGCAUCCAAACGAUUCGCGGCUGGGGGGUUGGCGGGGCAACUCAUGUUCUACACCAAGGGCUGGUUUGGCUCGCGUGAUCAGGUGUUGCAUUCGGGAGAAGGUCCUGUUCAUGCAGUCAAGUGGAGAACAAGUCUCAUAGCUUGGGCAAAUGAUGUUGGCGUGAAGGUGUAUGAUACUGUAUCUCAUCAACGCAUAACCUUCAUCGAACGUCCGAAAGACAGCCCUCGAGCUGAAUUAUUGCGUCCUCACUUGGUUUGGCAGGAUGAUGCUCUGCUGGUUCUCGGCUGGGCCAAUUGCGUUAAAAUUGCUUGCGUUCGGACGAGAGAUGGAAAGAACGGUGCUGCAUCUGGGGAUAUAUUGGGGAUUGGAUUGAAAGGCAGUGCUGGAAGCGGGUCCAAGUACGUUGAAAUCAAGGCCGUUAUCCAGACUGAGUAUUACAUAUCAGGUCUUGCCCCGUUUGGCAAUGCUCUUGUUGUCUUGGCUUACAUUCCUGAAGUUGCAGCUCCUGCUGCUCAAGUUGAAACUGCUGAUGCCAUUUUCACUUCUGCUGCCUUGCCUACUACAAAGCAGGGGCAUGCUCAACGACCAGAAGUGCGGAUCGUAACUUGGACAAACGAUGAACUGGCAAUCGAUGCUCUAUCUAUUCACGGCCACGAACACAACAAAGCCAAGGACUACGUCCUGGCGCAUGCUCCUCUUUCGGGUAGCAGCAAUGCCGGAGGACAGUGGGCAGCUGGAGACGACCCUUUAUACUACAUCGUUGCACCAAAAGAUAUUGUUAUCGCCAGUCCGAGGGAUGCAGAUAAAUAUGUGUCUUGGCUUCGUAGGAAUUGUUGGCAAGAGGGUCCUGUAGCAGCUGUCGAGGAUGGCAAAGCUCGUACUGAGCUCAUGGUGGAGGUGUGUUUGAGUUUUUUGCUUGCAACAUUUUGGAGUUUUCUCUUAUCAUUAUUUUCUAAGUUACUUAGCUUAUUUAGGAAAAAAGAUAAGCCUAUGUAAAUGACAUCUUUUUAGUUUGUACAUAGAUUUUAAAAGAAUUGUACAUAAACUUUUUUAAGUUUCAAUUUUUUUAAAUUUUGAUGUAUAUUCAAGUAAUAAUAUAUUAUC